CCGAACACAAACACAUCUCGGACUCGCUCACAAUGUCGACCGUAUCUGAAGCAACGUCACGUCCCGUCGAGCCUGUCGCGCCCACCACCGGGGCUCCUAUCGAUCCAGUGCCCCUCUCAUUCCCCGCUGUUCUCCGCAACCCAGGGCUCAAUAGCCGCUUCGCCCAUCUGCACCGCGGGGGAGACAGCGAGGGACGACCAGCUCCAGCUCCAGUUUCGAACCCUACCCGGCGCGAAGACAGAGAGGGCAAGCGCUGGAUCCGACGCAAGGAGAACGCCCGAUUCGUCGGCAACCCGCACAUCGCGGCGCCCACGAAGCGGGACUAUGCUCCUGUGCGCCCGACCACACACCCGACGUUCCCAGUCCCCCUCCCGCCUUAUCUCCCGCGGAACGUAGCCCUCCCGCAUGCUGUUCCUCCCCCGAUAUCGCCAGACACAGCGAAUGCGGGUCGCUUCAGUCUUUCGACGCGCGGCAUGCGUCGCACCCUCCGCAAAGCUGGACCCCGCACGCAGGCGCUCGUCAAGGCGGUCGAGAACGAGAUCGUGGGAUGGCUCUCAGAGGGCGGUGUUGUCUUGCAGCCCGAUGGCACGCUCACGGCGGGGUUCGAGGGCCUCCAGUUUCCCGGACGGGCGAUCGGAGAACAGCAAGGUGUGCGGGAGGUCGAGAGGAGCCCGUUGAAGCUGGUGUGGUGGAUAGAGGACGACGCGUGGGCGAGGUACGUCGUGCACUGCUGCGCGCGCUACUACGAAGUCGUCAGCUUCAGUAAAGACACCUCCACCCACCGUCUCACGCAUCUGCUCCGCCCGAACGUGACUCGCCCGGACCACGCUGCCCGUGCAGCGCUCAUGACACCACCCGCAACGGACUUGGACCUCUCCUCGCUGUCAUCUUACGACUCUGACAUCCUCUCCUCCUUCUCUGACAUCCUCUCCGACGCCACCCACUCGGACGCCCUGUCCGAAUCCGAGAACGGCGGGGGCCCCCUGUCCGACAUCGCGUCUGAUCAUGAGCCACUCUCCGACAUUGCCUCGGAUGCAGGUGCCGAAGCUGACGUCGAGCGUGAGCGCGCAGAGGAGAGGCCGCAUUCUCCUGCAUCCGUCGGCUCGAUCUACCGCGAUGGGAUGCAAGACGCCGACGUGUGGUCCGUGGACGGCGAUAGCGAGCUCGAUCGCGCCAUCGUUGCCCUCUCUGUACAAGAUUCUCCUGUCUCGUCUGUCUUUCCUGAAUCCAUGAACCAGGAAGAAACACCCCGUCCGAGACAUGGUGCGACAUACCGCAGGCGCGUAUGGGAUCGCAACACGCGAUCAGCGUCGUCGCCGUCCAGAUCGCCUGCGCGGCGCGGGCCCAGGAGACGAAUGGACACCCACAUACUGACCAGUACGGCCCGGACGGGCAAGGCUGCAGGAAAGGGAGAACGGAGCUUCUACGAGUACCUAUUCAACUGAUACAGAGUCAGUCAAUUCACUCAGACGAUUUGGGGGGAUGAGAGUCGCGAUCAGCAUCAGGGGUUGUCAUGUUUAUACACGUGUAUGAGUUGUGUAUCGUAUAUAGAGACCUCCGCAGUGCGCAGGGGGGAGAUGACGUCGAUGUUGUACAAAUAAACGAAAUCGUCC